GCCAAACAUACUAAUUAAACCCAACCAUCAAAACAAAAACACAAACUCUCUCUUUUGUUCAUAGAUCAUCACCUCCAUCAACCUUAAUUUGCUUGAAGCUUUAGAAAUGGAGAAUAAGAUUGUUAUGAGCAAAGUAGUCUUGUUUUGCUUCUUAUUCUUUUAUUUCACUACAACUCCAACUACUUCUCAGGAAGUCGAGGAUACAAGGGAGUUUGCUUAUGAAUCAUGGAGCGUGAGAGGACCAACAAGAUGGGGAAUGAUUCGACCAGAGUGGAGAAUGUGCAACAAUGGCACAAUGCAAUCUCCAAUUGAGCUUUUGGACCAAAGAGUUAGGCUUGUCACUUCUCUUGGCAGGCUUAAGACUCGUUACACACCUUCCAAUGCCACCCUUCGAAACAGAGGUCAUGAUAUGAUGUUGAAAUGGACUUCAAACACAGCUGGAUUUGUAGAACUAAAUAGAACUCAAUAUUUCUUGCAACAAAUUCAUUGGCACUCACCCUCCGAACACACUAUAAAUGGAAGAAGAUAUGAUCUCGAGCUUCACUUGGUUCACCAAAGCCUAACUGGACAACUCGCAGUUAUUGGAAUUAUGUAUCAGAUCGGAGCUGCUGAUUCAUUUUUAACAUCAAUGGAGGGUCAUUUGAUGCAUGCGGUUUCGAAUCGAACAUAUCAAGAAAGAUUUGUUGGGAGAGUUGAUCCAACCCUAAUCAAAUUUGGGAGCCGUCGUUAUUAUAAAUACGUUGGUUCGCUCACUGUUCCUCCUUGCACUCAAAAUGUUAUUUGGCUCGUUGUAAGAGAGGUAAGGACUGUUGCAAGAGGACAAGUAAGCUUGCUCCAUGUUGCUGUCAAUGAUGGUUCGGAUACUAAUGCUAGGCCAAUACAACAUACUCAUGGGCGCCCAUUGGACUUAUAUACCAAUGAGGACUUCAUAUAUAGGCGCAACUAAAUUCAUUAAUUAUUAUCACCAUUUUUAUUUUUUAAUUCUUCACCAAUAUAUAUUUAUAUCUAUAUCUAUAUCUAUAAAUGUCAAAUAAAAAAGUGAUGGACAUGCAUGUAUUGUUCAACCUUAUUAUAUAAUUAUAAGUUUUGUCACAUGAAAUUAUACUUGUAAUAGACAAUAUAUAUAUAUAUGUUUUAUUAUUAAUCUCAUGGUAUAUCAUGAAGUGUUGUUGUUUCA